CUGCAGGGUCUCACCUACUUCUGCUAGGUCAUAAAUCGACGGUGCCCAAGGAUGCCAGCGCAGAGGAUGGGUGCAGGGUAAGCGAUUUGAGAGGAAAGAAGAAGUUUGGCGUUGACCCCGCCUGACGAAACCUGGACGACACACUCCCCCAAAAUGCAAUUUAUAAGAGGCUGGCGACCUCCCCUAAGGAGCCCCUCCCUUCUCUCUAGGUUAGCUAAACUCCACAGUGCAACACCAUCCACUUUUAAGAUGACAGUCGCACCUAACAUGGGCUCCCGAAUGGCCUUUAUCGGUCUGGGAGAGAUGGGCAAGGCAAUGACUCGCAACCUUCACCGCGAUGGAAAUCUCACCAGCCCAUUGACCCUCUGGAACCGAACCAAGAGCACCGCGGACGCCCACAGCGCUGACCUCGGAGGAGACUGUAAAGUGGCCGAAACCGUGCAGGAGGCGGUCGAGAAUUCCGACAUCAUCUGGACAUGUCUGCAGGACCAGUCCGCGGUGGAGCAGGUCUUUGACAGUGUCUUUGCGGCCAACGUCAACAUCACUGGCAAAUUGUUCGUCGACAGCUCCACCAUCGCUCCGGAAUGGUCCAAUGCCACAGCCAAACGGGUCAUCGAAGCUGGCGGGGAGUUCGUCUCGAUGCCAGUCAUGGGCGAGCCGGUGGUAGCAGCAGCCAAGAAACUCAUCUGCAUCCCAAGCGGGAAGCCCGAAUCGGUGGACCGAAUCCGACCUUACCUGGAGGGCGUGGUAUGUCGGGCGAUCGUCGAUCUAAGCGGAGAAGAGCCGGGCACCUCGUCCCUCCUGAAGCUGAUGGGCAACUUCCUGAUCAUGACGACGAUGGAGACGGUGGCGGAGGUCAAUGUCUUUGCGGACAAGUCGGGGAUCGGCACCAAGAACAUGAGCAAGCUGAUGGGCGCCAUGUUCCCCAACCCGCCGCAUGCCAUUUACAACCACCGCAUGCUGACGGGAGAGUACUACGAAGGCACACCCAUCGUCGAGGUAUACAAGGCAUUGGCCCUCACCGGCCAGGUGCUAGAUAUGGCCAAAGCAUGCGGCGCCUCCGUCCCCAUCUACGAGGUUGCACGGGAGCACCUGAAGCUAGUGCAGGAGCACGAAGGGUCCAAGGCCGACAUCACGGGGAUUUAUGGCGCCGUCCGGGUGAAGAGUGGAUUGCCCUACCGCAAUGGCGCCGCAGAGGGGAGCAGCAAUCAGAAGGAGUAAAAGUUAUUCAAAACUCGGGGGCGUGCGGGUGGAUGGUGAACAUUGACUUGUACAGAGACAUUCAUGUAAUAAGCUGUUCAGAAUAAGUUUUCAGUGGCUGGCCACUAAGGACUGCAGCCUACGUGUCGAAUUUUCCCCAUUCCUAUCUGUGAACAGUACCUCCGUACGGAGUACCGUAAUGGUUAGUCGAGGGAGAUGCAUCGGACCUGUCAUAUGGACCCUUGGC